AUGCUUCCCAGGAGUCUGGCUGACAAUGACCUAUCAGGCCCGCUGCCCCCAGGGAUUGGCAAGCUGCCGCAGCUGCAGAUGCUGCGCUUGGAUGGGAACCGUCUAUCAGGCCCCAUCCCUUCUCUCAUCUCCGCGCUCUCUUCCCUCUCCUACCUCUCACUUGCCUCUAACGAGCUCACAGGGGCCAUCCCCCCACAGAUAUCCGCGUUACAAGCCUUGCAGUACAUCGAUGCUUUUGAGUCGACUCAAAAGCAGUCCCCUCUGUCCACCUACACACCCCUUUCAAUGAUCCGCGUGCUGCGCCCCCCACACAGCGAUGUGCGCAACAACCUCCUGUCAGGAGCCAUCCCCCCGCAGAUCGGCAACAACUACAACCUCAACUGGCUGUUCCUUGACGUUAACUUACUCAGCGGGUCCCUCCCUGACUCUAUCUCCGCACUCAGUGCACUCGUCUACCUCAUCGCAAGCCACAAUCUCCUCUCAGGCCCACUCCCCGCCAACAUCGGCCAACUGCCCCGCCUCGCAUUCCUGCGCCUCAAAACUCAACUGAACGCAUCCCUGCGCCUCAAAACUCAACUGAACGCAUCCCUGCGCCUCAAAACUCAACUGAACGCAUCCCUGCGCCUCAAAACUCAACUGAACGCAUCCCUGUCUAUCAGCAACAACUCCCUUUCCGGCCCCCUCCCGCCCUCCAUGAGCCAGCUCAAGCACCUGCAGAUCCUGUCAGUGCUGGGGGCGAGUGCUGGGGGCGAGUGCUGGGGGCGAGUGCUGGGGGCGAGUGCUGGGGGCGAGUGCUGGGGGCGAGUGCUGGGGGCGAGUGCUGGGGACGAGUGCUGGGGGCGAGUGCUGGGGGCGAGUGCUGGGGGCGAGUGCUGGGGACGAGUGCUGGGGACGAGUGCUGGGGGCGAGUGCUGGGGGCGAGUGCUGGGGGCGAGUGCUGGGGGCGAGUGCUGGGGGCGAGUGCUGGGGGCGAGUGCUGGGGACGAGUGCUGGGGGCGAGUGCUGGGGGCGAGUGCUGGGGGCGAGUGCUGCAGUGCACUGUGUGCAUAUGCUGUGAGUGCUGGGGGUGGUGGGAAUGGUGAGAACGGUGGGAAUGGGCCAGUCACUGUGUGUCCCCCUCCCGCCCUCCACGGGGCAGCUGAAUCACCUGCAGAUGCUGUGAGUGCUGGGGGUGUUGGACCCUCCCUCCUGCCCUCCACGGGCCAGCUGAAUCACCUGCAGAUGCUGGACCUGUCUCGCAACCGCUUGUCUGGAGCCAUCCCAGACGCAUUUGCUGACAAGCCUGCCCUCAACUCCAUAGAUCUAUCUUUCAAUGCGCUCACAGGCCCACUACCUCCCACGCUCUCCACCUGUGGCUCUCUGUACACGCUGGACGUGAGCAGCAACUCUCUCAGUGGCGCUCCUGGCACCGUUGUCAGCAACAUGCCUACCCUCUCCUACCUAAACCUGUCCCAGAACUACUUUACAGGUCUGGUCCCCAGGGUAACAGACAGCCAGCAGAUGGUCUCCUACGAUAUCAGCUUCAACUACUUCCACGGGCCUGGGCUUGUUUCCGACACCACCCCCCUCGCGCUGCCCCUCUGCAAGACGGGGUUCGAGCCGGGAACCUUCUCGGCAGCUUCCAACUGCCUGGUGUACGGCGUUGCGACGGAGAAUUCCUGCCCGACUCGCGUCGGCCCCAUGAGCACAGGGGAGCUGCUGCAGGUGGGGAUGGGGAGGGGUGAGGAGGGGUCUAGAUGGGUGGACACACAACGUUCCGUAGCAGCCUGCCUCGCCUUCUGCCGCACCAACGUCACUCGCACCGCUGCCAACUCGCAGUGCGGCUCGCUGGGGACGUGCGUGGUGGAGAUGACAGGAAUCCCCCUCCGCCCUUCCUUCUCCUGCGACUGCUUCAAAGGGACCCUUCGCUCCCCUGACGGCCUAAACUGCACGGCUAUUGGUAAGGCCUGA